ACAUGCAGUCUACCAUUAAUUGACUUAAAAAAUAAAAGGUUCAAUAUGAGGCAAUAUUCUCAAUUUCAGAACCUUGUACAUAUGUAGGUACCCUAUCUGUACAAGUUGCUGAAGUCAUGGUCGACUACUUUUGUUUAAAUAAAUUGUGCUGUUUAAUUUAUUUGGCUAUACAGAGCCAUCUAUCUUGUAUAGAAUAUCAAAUUUUUAGGCCAUCUAGCAGUGAGUAGAAAAAUACAUUACAAGAUUUAUACGCCAUCUAGUGAGGAGUAGCAGCAUUAAAGUUACAAGUUUUAUUACUUUCUCACUAGAGGGCAACAACAUAAUCAUAUAACCAUGACCGAAAAAAAUAUUUAAUGCAGUUUUGUUUGUAUUCAUGAAAGUUAAGUAAAAUUAUAUAUUGAAAACAAAAUAGUUUGACUGUGGGGGAUUUUUUUCACAGUUUUAAUUUCAAUUAUACGAGAGUCAUAGACAGUCAAAUAGUCUCAAAACCUCCUCAAAACUUAUUUUAUUGUUUAUAGUUGGUAGCUCGAAGAUAGUCUUUAGUUUAUGGUGCGAUCCGCUUGUGACAGUUUGUGUGAGGAAAAUUGGAAAUUAUGAAGUAAAACAUUUUCUUAAAUAUUGUGUUUAAAUGACAGCAGGAAAAGAAACGAUGGGUGAGCAGCCAAUCUUCACGUGCAAGGCGCACGUGUUCCACAUAGACCCGAAGACGAAACGAUCGUGGAUGUCGGCCAGCUCCGCCGCUGUUUCCGUCUCGUUCUUCUACGACUCGUCGAGAAACUUGUAUCGCAUCAUCAGCGUUGAAGGGACCAAGGCUGUAAUAAACAGCACGAUAACGGCGAACAUGACCUUCACGAAGACAUCUCAAAAGUUCGGACAAUGGAGCGACGUGCGGGCCAACACGGUUUACGGGCUCGGGUUCGCGUCCGAAGCAGAACUGGGCAAGUUCAUAGAAAAGUUCCAAGAAGUGAAAGAGGCGAUCCAGGCGCAGCAAAUGUCUGGCAAAGCCACCAACGGCAACAGCGGAGCCGCUACCCCCGUAGCGUCCGCUACGGCGUCCCCUCUGCUAGCGUCCCGCGCGCCCGCCGAUGAGCCCCCAGUUGCUGCUCCCCCAGUACAGCCUAAAGUUGACAACGAUGAAAUGAUGGUCCACCAAAGAGCUCACUCCGUGUCGUCCACACUACAGGGCGGAUAUGCGACAGUAGGUCGAGCGCCGCGCGGUCCCCUCGCGUCCACGGCGGCGCCCGAGCGUUCCGAGCUGCGCUCCGAGCUGCCCCCCGGCGAGUCCGUCGAACAACAGCUACGAUAUGAGAACGACCGUCUCAAACUGGCUCUGGCUCAGAGCUCAGCGAACGCCAAAAAAUGGGAGGUCGAACUUGCGACACUGAAGAGUAACAACCUGCGCCUAACAGCCGCCCUUCAGGAGAGCACCGCCAACGUGGACGAGUGGAAGAGACAGCUGCACCAGUACCGAGAGGAGGUGGCUCGCGCCAGACACUUUGCUGGGAAAGGCAACGACGCGAGCGAAGCUGAGCAGUUGCGUCAGCGCGUAGCACAGCUGGAGGCGGAGCUGGCUCAGAAGAACGAGGAACUUGCACAGUUCACCAAGUCACGGAAGAGUGAACAGGACGCCGAAGCGAAACUAGCUCAGAGUCAGCUGGAACUUGCCUUAGCCGCCCAGGACGGACAGCGGCAGGUCAUCCAGGCGCUCAACGACCAGCUGGCCCGGCAGCUCGAGGAACUGUCGACGAUCCACCGCGAGAUUAACACGGCGCUGCAAACAUGAGACGCGGCCUCCAUUCAGCCGCCUCCUAUAUACGCGUCCGUUGUCAAGCCACCGGACCGGCGGCUGCCGCUGCUGCUGCGCGCGCGCGAGCGCGAGGGGGAGGAGCCGAGCUACGUCACGGUGAAGACGAACAAAUGAACAGCGUUCUCGGUAUUUCGCAAGGUGCACGAAUUCUUUUAAUUUCCUACUUCUAAUCUACAUUAUCAUUUCGUGAGGUGGUCUCAGUGUUCGCGGUCUGAUCUGCGACUGGAUUGAGGGCGCUUGUACAGUCACGUCUAAAAAUAUCGAUACGGACAAAGUGCCAAAAAUAUGUAUAAGUACACGACCUUAUUGUCCAUAUAUUAAGGAAGUGUAUACAUAUUUUUGGCACUUUGUCCGUAUCGAUAUUUUCAGACGUGGCUGUACCGGUCGACCGGGAAACCAUACACCUGUGAAGUCUGUAACAUGUGCGUACGUGUGCGUCGAUCCCCAUUUCCAUGCAGAUCGAUAUUUUGAAAAUGCGUGUAUUAUGGGCGUCCGCCGCGGUCAUCUUUGGCAUAUAGUCAGAAAGUACUAACGGCUAAAGUGUUCAGCUUUUAUUCUUAUUUUAGCUCGGAUUUUAAAUAAAAUGCAGGAAAAAUAAGUGAACGUUUAAUAAUAUGUCCUACAGUUUCUGUGGUUAGCAUAUGUUAAAUUUAUUUGAGCCAAAAAUAUAUUGCUUCCUGACGAGGUCACGAGAUGAGCUGAGAAAAACGUAUUUUUUUCUUGUCACUUACAUAUAAAAAUUAAUUUAAUAAAAAAUGUAGACUGUUGCAACAUUGAGAUCACUAAACAUUGUAUUUUAACGUCACUUUUUAGUUUUAGAUCAUGACAUCCGCGCAUCACAAAUGCCACUGCAUAAUCUCAUUUUUAUCACUACAUAAUGUUUCACAAAUAAAUGUCAAAUUUCAACCAUAACUUGCUUAUCGAAUUGUAUGGAUAGAUGUAAAAGCUGUCAUUCCAUAACCAACCAAAUUGCACAUGCACUGUAUUGGCAUUAACUGUUAUUUCAACACAUGUCUUAUUGUUUGACAUGAAAGCCAGUAUGCUAAAAAACUUUAAAUUAUUAUAUAAUUAAAGACAACUUUCACUAUUAUUGGAGAGGAUGCUCUGUUUUUCGUCAACAUGUUCUCGAAUAAUAAAAUAGUCAUUUCGUAUUUAAAAUAUAAAUAAGAUCGAACGAGAAAUCUAUAAUUUCUCUGGCCUAAAUCAUUUCGUGUAAUAUUUACGUAGACUUAUUCUUUUCCUCUAAUAUAUGACAUCAUCUCUCUAGCACUGUAUUGCAUUGAAUCCAAUUCUUAUUGACUUUACAAGUCACAAUGCCAACUGAUAUUAUGCCAUCUAAGAAAUAUAACUAAUUAUUUAAAAUGAGUGGAGAUAAAAUAUUGCGUGACAGCUAUCUCAUACCAGAUAACGCUCUUAAGUUCUUCAAUAUUAGAAGAAAUAGUAGUUAAGUUAAUAAUUUUCAGAAUUAUCUCUUGCGCAUUUUAUUGCAUUUCAGAACACCUCAGGUAUAUUUGAUUAGCCUCGAUAUGUAGUCAUUUUAGCACCUUAUCACUGAAGCAUUUGGGUGAAUGGACCAACCACAAACCUGCGGCUGCACGGUCGCAUUUUUAUCACUUGUCACUAUGCCUGUCACAUUCUAACAAGUAUGUAAGUGCGAAAGUGACAGGAAUAAUGACAAGUGAUAAAAAUGCUACGUCCGCUGCUGUGACAAAUCGCUAAAAUUACUAGUUACUUUUGAGGCUGACUGUGCUUGAGUGCGUGGUGUUAUAUAUAAAUUCUUUAUAAUACAUUGCAAAUGAAACUACGCAAUGAAAUUUAUUACAUAAAUUAAGACAUGUAUAAGUUCUUUUUAAUAUAAAGACAUGUCGUCUUGUACAUACGUUGUAAAUCGUGUUAUCGAUCAAAUGCCAAAAACUUUUAUUAAUUUUAAAAUACUAAUGUAUAUUUUUAAACGGUAGUAUGAUAAGUUUGUUUUUAACUGUUCGCAUGGUGAAAUACCGAACUAGAAAUGAUGUUUUAAUGUACCCCUAUUCGGAAUCUACGUCUGAAGGAAGGCAGGCUGUGUCGUGUCCUAGAGUAUGUGUAUAUUGAAUAAUUCUGUAAUUGAUAUUAAAUUAACAUUAGUCGAGAUCCCACCAUUGCGUUGCCAACGACACUCCAAAACGCAAAGUAAAUUAUAAAAUUAAUAUAUAAAAGUAAUUCCUUAUAACGUGACAUAGAGGCAGUGUUUUCAUACAUACUCAAUAAACUAGAAGUUAUAUUACCCUCUAACGUAUUACGAAAUUAUUAAGUAUUACUUAUAGAUAAACUUGAAGGUCUUCUGUAGGGCUAUGGUCGGCUUUUUAUCAUUUGUCACCAUGCCUGUCACGCUGUAACAAGUAUGUAAGCGCGAAUGUGACGGGCAUAGUGACUAGUGAUAAAAAUGGAACCAUGCUGCCGCUACUGUACUGUAGUGUUCUAAAUCUUGACAACAAUUUCGUCAUUUUUUUUUAUUUACAAUUUCGUUGAUUUCUAAAGGAAUGAAAAUGACUAAACCACCGCUUGAUAAUGAGAAUAUUACAUUGAGAAUAUAUAGCAACAUAAUUGCACGUGAGGAUUUCGAAUCAGUAUAUUUUUAUGAAAACACUGGCUCAUAUUCUCGUUUUAAUAAAAUUUUAAAAACAAUGAAAAUAAUUAAAAGCUUUGACUAAAAUUUAAAAAGCGAAACAUAAAAUUAAUAAGAUAUUACAUAGUUAUAAGAGUAGUGUAAUGUUUACCAAAAUUAUUUCCUAUUAAUUAUAAACAUAAUGAUCUGUAAGAAUGCGUAAGCAUUCAAACUAUGCAUUUCUUUUACUCGUAUAUUUUAUUUGCUCUACAGUAUUUAACUAUCUCUUGAAUAAUUAAUAAACUAGUAUUUUAAUGUGGUAAUUUUGUCGAAUAAUGUAGGCGAUGUUAAUUUUAAUCCUCGUAUUAUUAAAAAUGUAGAUCAUUUUUAUGCUAUCGAAGUAAAAUUAAAAAAAAAGCAAGUAUCAUGAUUCUGAUUGCAAAAAUUAUCAAAAAUUAUAUUAAUUUUAGUUUCUCGAUCUUUGAAUAGAAAGUUAAUAAAAAAGUUCGACCUACAUUUUUCGUCAAAAUACCUUUAAAUAUAUCCGGUAUAAGAUGAUUAUUUGUCCAAAUAUACAAUUCCAAUCCUAGUAUUAAGGUUCGGAUAUCCGUCUAGCGUUCCCCGAGACUCACCUAGAAACACUUUGAUUUUGCUUACGUUUCAAAACCCUGUAUUGCAUAGAGAUCCCUUAGCGAAUUAGUGAACUUUUGACAGAUAAUAGUUGUCUGUAAUGCGCGUCAAAACUAUUGACCGCUGUAUUCGCUGUUAAAAAUCAUUACUACACAUUUGAAAGACGGUUUGAAAAUGAUCCACGGUAUAUGUUUGGCGUCAGGCGCGUCAGCCCGUAGCUCACGGGGAUGAGAUGCUUAUUAGGUGUUAAAUUAUUCUGUGAUCAUCAGCAUAACACAGGGACUAGAAUAACUGUCUGUCAAACCUAAAUCUGGCGCAAGAGAGUAUUACCUGCCUCUCUCGCACAGUACUAAUUAGAAAGAAAUGGCUGGCUUAUCUCACGCGCGACUUUAAUCGUUAUAGCCCCUCAGUAGUUAAUAAGUGCUCGGAUAACUGUGAGUAAUGAUUUUUGACAUGUAUUGCUAACAAUAUUUUUAUGUUUUAUUUUAUUGAUUAAAUAGAAUCAGUAUUUUAAGCAAGGCUGGCUUAUUAUUUUCGUUUAUUUUUAAAAUUAUUUUAUAUUUUAAUGCAGAUGAAUAUUCUCUGUCAAACCUCUAUGAAAAUAUUAAAAAACAAAAUGAUAUCAUUGAAAAAGGCUGAGGACACAAUUUUUAAGAUAUACAAUGUUUCUAAACAGGGUAAUUUCAUUUACUGUUGUGUAAUUUUGAAUAGUGACGUUGUUAUUCGAUUUUUACUCUUGUCUAUUGAAUAACAAGACGCAUUCUCGUAGAAACACUUCGUUGGCUAACGUUAAAAAACGAGAGUUUUUCUAAGUGCUUGCAAAACACGUAUUGUAAAAAUACGCGAUUUUACUCUGUGUAGCUAAACGUAUAAAAAUGUAAUCGAAAUUUUAGUAUUAACGCUAUUUCAUUAUUUCUUUCCGCAGUUGUUAUUAUUAUUAAAAAUAGAUUUAAUUGAAUAUUAAUGAUAUUAUUUCAUAGGUAAAUUAAUACUUAGUUUUAGGUAAAAAUAUAAGUGUUUUAUAGUGACUCACUAUUUAUUUGUACAUGUAAAUCUGUUUAUCACAUAAUAUAGAUAGUCUAACGUAGCCCGAAUGAUCUGUUGGUAUUGAGAAGUGUAAUUAGCGGUAGGAGUAAAGUAAGUGUUAUUUUCAACAUUCGUAAACAAAAUGUUAAGUGUGGUUGCAAUAUGUAUAGAUACAUUAUCAUAGAACAGUUAUAAUGAAAUAGAACAAAUGUAUACUAUUGAUUUCCUAUAGGCAAAAUAAAUCUCAAAUUAAAAUAGAACGGAAAGAAGAAUUAAAAUAGCGAAAUGACAAGCAAUUAAUGGAGACGGCUCGCAUGUACCCACCGACUUGAACUGGAGUGCCAAUUUGUAUAAUGUAAUCCAAUUUAUGUAUGUUUCACACCGCUUCAACGAUACUAGUCUUCAUCACAUAACUUAUAAAUAAAUUUGUAUGCUGAAUAUUUGACUUAUUAUGUAUUCCAGCACUUCUAAUAGCAUUAUUUAAACGAUUAACUUUUUAGUAUAACUUCAGAUCAGACAGUGUUCGAAUAUGGUAUAAGAAUACUGAUUACAGUGUUGUAAUGUACAUUAGAACGCUGUUUUUAUUGAGAGACGUAUGCAUGCUUGCAUUCUACCGCUGUUAUUUUUCGAUCGUAGAUAAAGUUGUAUACAGCGUCCCAUAACUAGGUCUUAAAAUUCCAGGGUCUGUUAUUAAAAAAUCGGGUACGUCUCGUUUCAUAAUUUCCACCCUUGGAUUCCAGAACUUGUUAUAUGACUGUUGCAUAAUACUAUAAGUGAACUAGUGUCGUCAGCGGUCCGCGAGCCGUCUUCGUUGUGCGCCCCUACCUGUUGUAUUCACGACAUAGGAUAUUAUAAAUUAAUUAUUGUUUUAGGCUGCGCUGCGUUUGUUCCUUUUAAGUCAUAUUUACAGUAAGCAUUUUGUAAUACUAAUAUUUAUUUGUUUCGUUUAAGUUUUGUAUACUUCGGACGUUGCAAUCGCGUACCUAUUCGCAAUAUAUGAAAUUGUAGUCCGGAUAGGUUUAAAUAUGGAUAUAGAUAUAUGCUUUUAAAUUCCCGUGAGUUUCUGAACAUAUUUAAAUUAUUUGAAACGGGUUACUCACGUAAUUUUAGUCUGUAUAUGGUAUAUCGCUCGUGCAAUAAAAUGGAUCUGCAGGCCUAUAAAGGGUAUUAUGCAAUGAUAAAUGGUAGGUUUUAAUACGAUAUUGUAACGGCAAGAACUCGCUCUAAAUAAUUGUCUUAUAAAAAAAUUAAAAAUGGGUUUCGAAGUCUACCUCCGAUUCUCCGGGUCACCUUACUAGUGCUUUUCAAUUGAUUUUUAGCUAAUUCACCCAAGGUUGUCAAUCCAAUUAAAAAAUAAACUAAUUUUAAUAUUGUUUUUAAAUAUAACUUCAUGAGUACACGCAGGAUAGAACUAUAAUAAAAGACAUAAAAAAUGAAUGAAUUUGAGUUAUUGGUCGCAGAAUGGAGUCCCUGAUCAACAAACGCAGCGAAGCCUACGUAUGUGUACGUAAUAUCUUCCAUUAGAUUCGUAGUCGCUGUGAGCUACCGUAUGCAUUACAAUAAAUAUAUAAAUAUCGAUUUAAAUA